AUGAUGAAAAAAAGUUUUGUUAUCAAUCUAAAUCGACAACAACAACAACAACAACAACGGCAACAAAACAACAGCCAUCAUCAUCAUCAUCAUUGAAAACAUCCAUUACUAGUGAUAUUAUUAAUAACGAUACUAGUAAUAUUAGUAAUAACUGUGUUAAAAGUGUUAAUAAUAGUGAUAAUAAUCAUCUUACUAUUAAUAUUCCAUCAUUAUUAUUAUCAACAACAACAACAACAACAUCAUCAUCAUCUUCGGCUUCGGCCUUUUGGUCUGAUCAUUUAAAUACAAUGACAUCGAUAGCUUGUAAUCAAAGAAUGAUAUCAUCAUCAUCAUCAUCAUUAUUAUUCGAUACGAAUAAUGUUAAUCGUAUUGGCCAUAAAUCAUCAUCAUCAACAACAUCAUCAUCUUCGGCAUCGACUACAUCAUCGAAUGAUGAUGAUGAUGAUGUUAAUCUUUUAUUGAAUAAUAAUGAUAUAUCAUCAUUAAUAUCAUCAACAAUACAGAUGCCACCGAUAGCAUAUAUGAAUGGUAAUAAUGUACGUCCAAUACGACGACGACAUUUUUCACAACAACAAACCGGUGGUAUUGGAUAUGUUAAUAACGGUAAUAAUAAUAAUAAUAAUAGUAAUAAUAUUAAACAUCAACAUCAUUCAAAUGUUAUUGAUUCAAAUAUAUUGAUAAAAAAUAAUAAAAAUAUCGAUUUGGAUAACAAUGUUUAUGAAUGGAAUAAAAACCGGAACAAUUCGAAUAAAAUAUUGGCUAAUAAUGUAACUGAAAAUAAUGCUACUACUAAUAAUUCAACAACCACUACUACUAAUAUUACUGAUAAUAAAGUAACGAAAAAAACUGAUUUCGGUAACUAUUAUGUAGAUGAUGAUGAUGAUGAUUUAUCAAUGAAAACAAUGUCAACAACAACAACAUCAUCACCGUCGUCGUUGUCGUCGUCGUCGUCAUCACCAUCAUCGAUAUCAUCAUCGCCAUGUAAUUAUUUUGUUGAUGAACAUCAUCAAAAAACUGCUGCAAUUAAAAGCUAUUUGGCUGAAGGUAUUGAAAAUAUAUUACGUAUGGCCAAAGAAACAAGACUAGUUCAUUGUACAGAGAUAUUAAUACCACAUAAUUUAAUUAAAAAAAUUGCUUCAAAAGUGAUGAAUAUUGCCGAAUGUGAACCAUGUGGUCUACGUGGUUGUCUUCUAAUGAUCUUUUUGGAAAAUGAUAAUGUGAAUUGUUGCCGUCCAAAUAUACAGAAUCAACAAUCGAAUCAAUUAAAUUAUAUGAAGAAAUUUGAUGAAAUAAAUUCACCAAACAAAAAAUUAUUGGGUGAAAUUGAUGUGGAUUCAGAUAUUGUACCAACAUUUGAAGUCUUUCUUACACUUAAACGUGUACAACCAUCAUGGCUAGAUUCAUUGGAAUAUCGUUUCCUACGAAAACGGCCAAUAAUUUUAUCAGAAAUCUACCUCUUGAACAAGAAUAAACUUUAUCAAUCAUCAUCCAAAUGAAGAAAAAAACAAAAACAAAAACCAAAAAAAAAAUUCAAGAUUAUUUUCCUUUUUCCUUUCUUUCUAUAUUACCCCCCCCCCCGAAAUUUUUCUACAAAUAGAAAAAUUCCUUAAUUUAAUUUGCAAUUUGCAGCUAAUAACACAUAACCCUUUCAACGUUUUUAAUUACACUUUUACAUUGAUUAAAAAUUUAACUAU